UGGGAUUCCUCAGGCAGGUCUUAUUACAAUGGUGAUGGUGUUAGAUACUGUUGGUUUGCCCGCCAAAGAUGUUACUCUUAUUAUUGCCGUCGAUUGGCUUUUGGAUCGUUUCCGGACAACCAUCAACGUAAUGUGCGACGCGCUCGGCGCGGUCAUAAUUGAACAUAUGAGUAAAGGAGAGCUGGACGCUGUUGUAAUAAAUCAUCAAGAAGACAACGUUGAACUUGCGCAACUUAGAAAAACUGAAUCAUAAGUGCCUUAAAUUUAAUUAAAAUCAAUUUGAACCAAAAAUAUAUAGUUCACCAUGUAUGAGUCCAAUACUCGUCUAUGUGGAUGUAUUUAUUACAAGUAUGCCUGUAUGGUGAUUGGAAAAACCGUAUGAGGCUCCAUCGCGUGAUUUUACUAAAAAGAAAAAUCAAAUGGCAACGGUGAACAUCGAAUAUCCCUGUGCUAAUAAAAAAUUAACUGUUUUUAUUUCUAUGCUUAUUUUCAUAUUUGCUUUGCAUGAUAUAUGUAUAUAUAUAUAUACAUUCAUGAAACAUACUUCUAUUAAUUUAUACGCGUUCUGAGCUAAAUCGACUAAAUCUGAAUUCGGUGUUAAAUAUUCUCUCCGUAAUUUUCGAGCUCUUUAGAUUUCGUCUUCCAUUAAUAGGAAACUGAAUUACUCCUCUUAUUGCCGUUAACCUGGCGGGAUGCGCGUUGUGGAUGCGCAUUGUGCAUUGCGCCUCUCGUCUUAAGUUUUGUAUUCAGUCGUACAGUAGAAGCAUUUCAUAACCUCGAAAUUCUGAAAAACUGAGACUGCUGACAGCUCCAAAUUGCAAUAGUCAUGGAGAUAAUACUCUAGUAGUCUUGACAGACUUUUUUGGCUUAGAAUAAAUGUGGAUGAACUGAUGAACGCAAUUAUCAAGUACACCAGAUUCCUAAAAAACUGGUAACGAUAGCGUGACGUUAAAAUUUGAUGCAAUAUGCCCUACCGGGAACAACGUGCUCGUUAAAGAAGACUUAUUUGCUCUGCUGCGAAUAUGCCAGUGUUACUAUACCUCUAUUGUACGCGAAACAUAAGAGUCUAUCAAAUUAUCGGGUGUUUGUAUGGUUAUUAAUAAAAUAUUGUUUUAUUAAUAUAAAUAAUUUAAGGAUGAAAUUGAUCAUUAAAGGAAAAAGAAAACAGCAUUGGGAAUAAUCGAAAAUGCUUAGAACUCUUGUUCAUAAUGACAAGUUGCCUAAGUAACUGACAUCGACAUCUCUCUUUAUAGAGUACCAAUGUUGAUUAAUUCGAUAAUGUUUUCAUAGAAUAUUUAUCUUGCCUUUGUAAAAAAUUAUAUUCUUAUACAAUUGCUGAAUAAAAUAUAUAAUUAUGUA